AUGGGGCCACAGCUCUUGGUUCAUCAGAAGAACCUAGGUUUAAGGCACUUGCUGGUAAAUUCCUAACCAAAGGGGACUCAAGUCGAUGAACUACAUUGUUCCUUGUGGAAAAGAUGAAUAUGUUCUUCCUGGCCAUUUUGGCUUCUGGCUACUUCUCAUAUGUUUUUGGUGAGAUGACAUUUACGGUCAUUCUGUGCAAUUAUUAUCAAAAGAAGAGUGUACAGCGGGAACACACAUGCUCCAUAAGAGCCAGCCCAUUGUGCGCCUCUAAUAAUGUUACGUAUCCUAAUUCCUGUGUGUUUUGCUUCGCCAACAUAGCACUGAAUCUCACCCUUACAGUUCAAUACAACGGAAUAUGCAGAAAGUCCCAGCUGUCAUGAAUAUGAUGUGUUUUUUCUUCAUUCAUCAAUGAGUGAAAACUUUUGAAUUAAGCAUCAUCUUUCCUUAACAAAGGAGAAUUUAUUAUAUUUAUUUUUUAACCAAUAAAUUUUAUUCUUUGGAAAGCUU